AUGGAACUCCCGUCGUACGCCCAAUGUCCGCCACCCCACCAACACCCCACUGACGGCUUGGUCUCGCCUCUUCUUUACAUACAUCAUUGUUUCUUCGCGCAAAGCAACCCACUCGAUCCGAUAAAGAGCCAGUACGCUCCCUCCUUCCUUGCUGGAUAUCGAAGCGCCUGCACCAUUAUUGGGUCGGUGAAACAGCAGUUUGCCAUGUUUCCGGCGCAAAUCGCCCGGUUUGGGGUCUUGUGGACGCAUGCGUCUUCAGCUACGGUGAUGCUAGCGUCUGUUGUGACACACAGCUCCAAGUGUAAAGUCGCCCCAGCAGCGCUGAUGGAAUUAUAUUCGGCAUGCGAACUCUUUGCGAGUGCUGCGAAUUAUGGUGGAAGAGUUGUCAAAUUUCUCGUUCGUGCCUCCCUUUCGCAUGUACUGUACUAA